AGUCGUCAAACGAAUCCACUCGACUCCAUUCCUUUCAUUUCUCCUUUCCUUCUUGUUAUGUAUGUUGAUGUACUUUCAUUAUUAUCCUCGUUGCAGGAAGUGGCAGCAUCAUCAGAAGCUCUUGCUAAUGCUAAACCGAAAGUGAUCAAGACCAACGAUCAACCUCAAGCAGCUGCAAUCAAAGCAUCGUCCACCACGCCGCUUUCCAAGCAUAACAGCAAGAUAACACUCGAGCAGACCAAGGUCGCCUGUGCGCAGCUAGCAAAGUCGCGUGAAAGGUUCACGGCAUUCUGCCGCGAACGGGAGCUGAACGCCAACCGCGCAAUCAUCUUCGGAGGAAAGCGAAGCGACGACGACGUGGCCCGCGUCGACGCCAAUGAACCUAGGGCGGCGGAGGAUAUCAAGAUCUCCGUCAACGAGAUCGUGGAAAAAGAAACAGUGCUCCUGGAUGAACCCCUAUGUGAGGCUAUCAUCCCUCGAUCCGAAAGCAGCGGGAAGGAGGUCUUCGGUCCGGCCAAAGGAGGUGGAGCGGAUGUGGUCAAUGGAAGCUUUCCGAAUUUGUUUGAAAAGCAACCAUUAGAAGAGACCAAAGCCUCGACGUCGCCACAAAAGCUGCAGUUGUCAUCGUCGUCGUCCCCCGCGCUUCGUCAACGUCAGAACCUUGGGGACAAGGUUGCGAUCAGCACUCCUGCUAAUAAGCAAACUGGAGAAACCACCACAUCCGUAGUCUCUCCAUCAAGUGUGCAAUCAACCUCCAAAACCCUAAUAGCAAAACUUGCGUCAGUGACUAGCAGUAGAGCUGGCCACGGCAGCUACACAUCAGACCCAGACCACGGCUCCGAAUUGCUGCCACAGCAGUGGGAGAAACUGGACGGAUUCCUCGACAUGACGCUCGAGGCCAUCUCCCGAGCCAAAUCGCUCGACGAGGUCGAGGACGCGGCCACCAAAAUCGCCGCUCACGCUACCGAUCCGGUGGAGAAGACGGUGCUGCAAGAGGUGCUCGCUCGCCUGGCCGAAUACAAAGAGAUGGUCCCGAGCUCUCUAUCCGCCAUCGAAACUAGCCAUGCCGUGGAAUCGUCCGGUGCGGAAAUGACUCGAGCCGCGGAGGUGAGGCUGGUUCACAGGAAGAAGCAGCUGAGCGGUCUGGAGGCUGAGGUGUUGAGGCUUCAGGAUGAGGACUUGAAGCUGGAGAGCGAGAUCAAGCAACUGGCUGAUCGUAAGGCGAAGGUUGUGGAUCACAUGAAGUCGACUGCAGCGGAACUGGACAGGGCGAAUGGAGAGGCUUCCAAGGAGCUGGAUGAGUUCGAGAAGCAGCAUGACGAGAUCAAGGAGGCGGUUGAGAAUCGGAUGAGAGCCAUGGAGAGGCUGGCGCAAGGCAACGCGAGCUGGAAGCUUUUCAAGAAGAACUUGCGACGCUGAUGUCAGUGGACAGUGGUAGUCGUAGUCUCUUGCCCUUGCUCUUCUUAAAAGGGAUGGAAGUAGCUGUUGCCUGUUAGAUGCUAUAUUUUAUUUUCUUAGUUUAUUAUGGUGGUUGACAAUACUUUUGGUCUUUUGGGAUAUUAUAUUUUGGUUUA